UAUGAAUAUUGUUAAGACAAUUAGAUAAGUAUUCUAAUUUUCAAGAGUCAGAUAUUUUGUCUAAUAAAAAGAUCCAAGAAUUAAUGUUGAUUAUGCAGAUUCAAAAGAAACUAAAAUACCUAAUGUUUGUUCAAAUCCAGAAAAAUUGAAUGAAGAAAGUGAAUAUUGUAAGGUCACUGUAUAAGGAAAGGAAGUGAAAUCAUCUGAAAAGUAUAUUUUGUUUUAAUCAUCUAUUAGAUUGAGAAUUAAAGCAAAAGUGAAAAAUUGUAAAGAAAUUAAUGGAGUCAUUGCAUAUAUUUGAU